AUCGGUAGUUUCACGCUCGGAUUUUGAAACCUUGAUACACACCCACGCCCUAAUUUUCUAGCCGGCGUUGGGAUAAAAGACUGCCAUUGUCAUUUGCCCUAGUCUUUGUGUUCGAUAUUUUUUUUUUUCGUUUUUUUAAAAUAUCUUUUUGCCCGCACUCUCUCGACCUCUGCCCAUUCAGUCUUACUUCGAAGCAUAAACUCUAGGGUUCGUAGAACAUUCCGUGGGAGACGCGCUCACCAUGAAUUGUUCAAUUUCCGGUGAGGUGCCGGAGGAGCCCGUCGUCUCCAAGAGUUCUGGCCUCCUGUUCGAAAAACGCUUAAUCGAGCGCCACAUCUCGGAUUAUGGAAAAUGUCCAAUUACUGGUGAACCAUUAACAGUGGAUGAUAUUGUUCCAAUCAAGAGUGGAAAGAUAGUGAAGCCCCGGCCAGUGCAGGCUGCAAGUAUUCCUGGGAUGCUGGGAUUGUUUCAGAUCGAAUGGGAUGGCUUGAUGCUUUCAAAUUUUGCGUUGGAGCAACAAUUACAUACUGCCAGGCAAGAACUAAGCCAUGCUCUAUACCAGCAUGAUGCUGCUUGUCGUGUUAUUGCAAGGCUGAAGAAAGAAAGGGAUGAGGCAAGGAUGUUUUUGGCACAGGCUGAACGACAGAUACCCUCUUCAGUGGCAGUCCCAGAUGCGGCCACUGCUGCUGCUCUAAGCAAUGGAAAAAGAGCUCUUGAGGAUAGCGAGAUUGGUGCAGAUGUUAAAAGAGGUCGCCCGGGAAUCUCAAGUAGUAUCAUUUCUGAGCUUACCGAUUGUAAUACUGCCCUUUCACAACAAAGGAAAAGACGGCAGAUACCAGCAACAUUGGCCCCUAUUGAUGCUGUUGAGAGGUACACUCAACUCACUGUAAACCCUCUUCAUCGGACCAACAAACCUGGCAUAUUAUCUAUGGACAUUUUGUACUCCAAGUUUCAAGUGGCUAGACAUAUUAUUCAAUCUUGUCGUGUUCUCUCCUCCUCUCUCCCUCUCUUUCUCCCUCUCCCUCCCCCUUCUCCAUUCCCCCCUCUCAAUUUCGAUCCCCUGCAGGAUAUCAUUGCUACUGCUGGAGUUGAUUCAAAUGCUGUAGUGUUUAAUAGGCCAUCAGGUCAAGUUGUAUCUACUCUCAGUGGAGAAUUAGUUGUUACUGGCUCUGCUGAUAAGACAGUUCGUUUGUGGCAAGGGUCUGAAGAUGGAAGUUUUGAAAGUAAGCACACUUUGAGGGAUCAUACUGCAGAGGUGCAAGCUGUGACGGUCCAUGCAACCAACAAAUAUUUCGUGACCGCUUCUCUUGACAACACAUGGUGCUUCUACGAUCUUGCUUCUGGUUUAUGCCUCACUCAGGUUGAGGACGAAUCAGGAUCUUCUGAGGGCUACACAUCUGCAGCUUUUCAUCCUGAUGGCCUUAUCCUUGGAACGGGUACCUCUGGUUCUCUUGUUAAGAUUUGGGAUGUCAAAAGUCAGCAAAAUGUUGCUAGAUUUGACGGGCAUGUUGGGGCAGUUACUGCCAUUUCAUUCUCGGAGAAUGGUUAUUUCCUGGCGACUGCUGCACAAGAUGGGGUUAAGCUAUGGGAUUUACGUAGAUUGAAGAACUUUAGAACAUUUGCUCCAUAUGAUGAAAACACACCCACGCAAUCAGUUGAAUUUGACCAUAGUGGAAGUUAUCUUGCCCUAGGAGGAUCUGAUAUAAGAGUAUAUCAAGUUGCCAACGUCAAAUCUGAAUGGAACUGCAUUAAGACAUUCCCUGACUUGUCUGGCACAGGUAAAGCAACUUGUGUCAAAUUUGGUCCCGACGCAAAAUACAUAGCUGUUGGAUCCAUGGAUAGAAACCUCAGAAUAUUUGGGCUGCCUGAGGGAGAUGGUGACCCAUUAGAAUCUUGAAGCAAAUACGCGCACACACCGUAUUAGUUUUUCGGGCUAGUGGGCUAAAGUAACUUGGAGAUGUUGGAGUUUGUCUGUAGCUUGACAAGGUUUUGUUUAGCCCACUAAAAUCAUGGAUUUUUGGGUGGGAUAUAGCUAGACUAUCCCUACCAACCUUGAUGAGUCAAUUUUUCAUUUUGUAAAACUAUUGUGGAUGGACAACUUGUAUGAUUAGAAUAUUGACUUGAAAGGAGUGGUUCUUUCUACUACUUUUCUGUAAGAUUAUUACACUGUUAUUGAUGAUCUAGAAUGUGUCUGGUUUGAUUUAUGUAGUGUUUCUAGAUGGCUGAUCUAUCA